CGCAGAGCUUGGGCUGGGUGGCUGGGGGGGGGGCGGCGGUCUGUCGCUGGGCCCCCUCCUCCUCCUCGCUCUCCAGCGCUGAGGCCAACGGAGCGCUCCAGGGGUCUGCGCCGGUCUGCCCCCGACCUGCCGGCGAAGGGUCCAGGCUGGUUUAACUGUGUAGCUGAGGAUAACUUCAAACUCCUGAAAUCCUGAUAACUCUGUCUCCAGCCUCCAAGUCUAGAAUUACAGGUUUCUGAACUUGUUCAUGGCUGGAUUUUUAAAAAAUAUAUUCAAGAUUUCCUGUUAUGAAAUGGUGGUGGUCACAACCUCCUGGGCCCAAGUGAUCCUCAUGCUUCAGUUUUCAAGUAACUACAACUUACAGUUUAUGCCAGUGUGGCUUCAUUCAUACAGAUGAACCAAGCUUUGGGAUAGCAGUAUAAAAUUAGAAUCAGACAGCUGACUGCUCAGCAGGAUGCCAUCAACUAACAGAGCAGGCAGUCUAAAGGACCCUGAAAUCGCAGAGCUCUUCUUCAAAGAAGAUCCGGAAAAACUCUUCACAGAUCUCAGAGAAAUCGGCCAUGGGAGCUUUGGAGCAGUUUAUUUUGCACGAGAUGUGCGUACUAAUGAAGUGGUGGCCAUCAAGAAAAUGUCUUAUAGUGGAAAGCAGUCUACUGAGAAAUGGCAGGAUAUUAUUAAGGAAGUCAAGUUUCUACAAAGAAUAAAACAUCCCAACAGUAUAGAAUACAAAGGCUGCUAUUUACGUGAACACACAGCAUGGCUUGUAAUGGAAUAUUGUUUAGGAUCUGCUUCGGAUUUACUAGAAGUUCAUAAAAAGCCAUUACAAGAAGUGGAAAUAGCAGCAAUUACACAUGGUGCUCUCCAGGGAUUAGCUUAUUUACAUUCUCAUACCAUGAUCCAUAGAGAUAUCAAAGCAGGAAAUAUCCUUCUGACAGAACCAGGCCAAGUGAAACUUGCUGACUUUGGAUCUGCUUCCAUGGCCUCCCCUGCCAAUUCUUUUGUGGGAACACCAUAUUGGAUGGCCCCAGAAGUAAUUUUAGCCAUGGAUGAAGGACAAUAUGAUGGCAAAGUUGAUGUAUGGUCUCUUGGAAUAACAUGUAUUGAAUUAGCCGAGAGGAAGCCUCCUUUAUUUAAUAUGAAUGCAAUGAGUGCCUUAUAUCACAUAGCCCAAAAUGAAUCCCCUACACUACAGUCUAAUGAAUGGUCUGAUUAUUUUCGAAACUUUGUAGAUUCUUGCCUCCAGAAAAUCCCUCAAGAUCGCCCUACAUCAGAGGAACUUUUAAAGCACAUGUUUGUUCUUCGAGAGCGCCCUGAAACAGUGUUAAUAGAUCUUAUUCAAAGGACAAAGGAUGCAGUAAGAGAGCUGGACAAUCUACAAUAUCGAAAGAUGAAGAAACUCCUUUUCCAGGAGGCACAUAAUGGACCAGCAGUAGAAGCACAGGAAGAAGAGGAGGAGCAAGAUCAUGGUGGUGGCCGGACAGGAACAGUAAAUAGUGUUGGAAGCAAUCAGUCUAUCCCCAGUAUGUCUAUCAGUGCCAGUAGCCAAAGCAGCAGUGUUAAUAGUCUUCCAGAUGCAUCGGAUGACAAGAGUGAGCUAGACAUGAUGGAGGGAGACCAUACAGUGAUGUCUAACAGUUCUGUCAUCCACUUAAAACCUGAGGAGGAAAAUUACCAAGAAGAAGGAGAUCCUAGAACAAGAGCAUCAGAUCCACAGUCUCCACCUCAAGUGUCUCGUCACAAAUCACAUUAUCGUAAUAGAGAACACUUUGCAACUAUACGAACAGCAUCACUGGUUACAAGACAGAUGCAAGAACAUGAGCAGGACUCUGAACUUAGAGAACAGAUGUCUGGUUAUAAGCGGAUGAGGCGACAGCAUCAGAAGCAGCUGAUGACUCUGGAAAAUAAACUGAAGGCAGAAAUGGACGAACAUCGGCUCAGAUUAGACAAAGAUCUUGAAACUCAGCGCAACAAUUUCGCUGCAGAAAUGGAGAAACUUAUUAAGAAACACCAAGCUUCUAUGGAAAAAGAGGCUAAAGUGAUGGCCAACGAGGAGAAAAAAUUCCAACAACACAUUCAGGCUCAACAGAAGAAAGAACUGAAUAGCUUUUUGGAGUCUCAAAAAAGAGAAUAUAAACUUCGAAAAGAGCAGCUUAAGGAGGAGCUGAAUGAAAACCAGAGCACACCUAAAAAAGAAAAGCAGGAAUGGCUUUCAAAGCAGAAGGAGAAUAUUCAACAUUUUCAGGCAGAAGAAGAAGCUAAUCUUCUUCGACGUCAAAGGCAGUAUCUAGAGCUAGAAUGUCGUCGCUUCAAAAGAAGAAUGUUACUUGGUCGGCAUAACUUGGAACAGGACCUUGUCAGGGAGGAGUUAAACAAAAGGCAGACUCAGAAGGACUUAGAACAUGCAAUGUUACUGCGACAGCAUGAAUCCAUGCAAGAACUGGAGUUUCGCCACCUCAACACUAUUCAGAAGAUGCGCUGUGAGUUGAUCAGACUGCAACAUCAAACUGAGCUUACUAACCAGCUGGAAUACAAUAAGAGAAGGGAACGGGAACUAAGACGGAAACAUGUCAUGGAAGUUCGACAGCAGCCUAAGAGUUUGAAGUCUAAAGAACUCCAAAUAAAAAAGCAGUUUCAGGAUACCUGCAAAAUUCAAACCAGACAGUACAAAGCAUUAAGGAAUCACCUACUGGAGACUACACCAAAGAGUGAGCACAAAGCUGUUCUGAAAAGACUCAAGGAGGAACAGACUCGGAAGUUAGCCAUCUUGGCUGAGCAGUAUGAUCAUAGCAUUAAUGAAAUGCUCUCCACACAAGCUCUGCGUUUGGAUGAAGCACAGGAAGCAGAAUGCCAGGUUUUGAAGAUGCAGCUACAGCAGGAACUGGAGCUGUUGAAUGCAUAUCAGAGCAAAAUCAAGAUGCAGGCUGAGGCCCAACAUGAUCGAGAGCUUCGAGAGCUGGAACAAAGGGUCUCCCUUCGGAGAGCACUCUUAGAACAGAAGAUUGAAGAAGAGAUGUUGGCUUUGCAGAAUGAACGCACAGAACGAAUACGUAGCCUGCUCGAGCGCCAGGCCAGAGAAAUUGAAGCUUUUGACUCUGAAAGCAUGAGAUUAGGUUUUAGUAACAUGGUCCUUUCUAAUCUCUCCCCUGAGGCAUUCAGCCACAGCUACCCAGGAGCUUCUAGCUGGUCUCACAAUCCUACUGGGGGUUCAGGACCUCACUGGGGUCAUCCCAUGGGUGGCACACCACAAGCUUGGGGUCAUCCGAUGCAAGGCGGACCCCAACCAUGGGGUCACCCCUCAGGGCCAAUGCAAGGGGUACCUCGAGGUAGCAGUAUAGGAGUCCGCAAUAGCCCCCAGGCUCUGAGGCGGACAGCUUCUGGGGGACGGACGGAACAGGGCAUGAGCAGAAGCACGAGUGUCACUUCACAAAUAUCCAAUGGGUCACACAUGUCUUACACAUAAUAAUUGAAAGUGGCAAUUCCGCUGGAGCUGUCUGCCAAAAGAAACUGCCUACAGACAUCAGCACAGCAGCCUCCUCACUUGGGUACUACCGGGUGGAAGCUGUGCAUAUGGUAUAUUUUAUUCGUCUUUGUAAAGCGUUAUGUUUUGUGUUUACUAAUUGGGAUGUCAUAGUAUUUGGCUGCCGGGGGUUUUUGUGGUUGGCUUUUUGUUUCUUUGUUUUUAACUUUUGGAAAAAUUUUAAAGUGGGAAAUAGAUAACUAUUUCAUGUAUGUGGCAAAAAAAAUUGGCUUUAUAGAAGGGGUAUUAUCUGAACAAUAUAAAAAUAAAAUGAAGCAAACUAAUCUGGAUCAUCACUUUAGGGUAUCCACAGCCUAAGAAAUUUGUUGGAAGAUGUAAAGCCUUCCUUCAUAUUCCAAAUUCUGUGAGUCACUGACAGCAGGCAGUAUCCAUGCUGAAACACAUUCUUACUGAAAUAUACCUCCAUUCCUCACCAGUGUGCUUUCUUUAUCUAUGGAUUGAUCUGAUUUCUCAACCUCAUUUGGACUAAAAAACAGAAGGACAUGAACAUUAAACGAUUGCAUUUACCUUUUCAGUGGUAGAAAAUCACUUAGUUCUUUGCUAAGUGCUUCAGAAACUUGUCAGAUUUCGUAGGUCGUAUAAGAUGGACUUGCUUACAGAGAUAUAAGCUGUGUGGCUAUUGCACUAACAACCUGUGAGCUUGCAGAGGAGAAACUAGAGGGCCAGAUGGGCCCCUGAGAGUUCCUGUGGUAGAUAGGAAUGUUCAGCAGGGAGAAGGAGGUAAAGCCUGUAUUGCCUGACAUUGUGUUUUUGUGCUAUAUCUCGUCUGACCCCGUCUAUAAGACCCCAAACAGUACCUUUGCUCUGUAUAAAACCAAGACAUAGCCAACACAAAGCCAAUGCCAGAGGCAUUGAAUGAUGCCAUAUUGUGAACAGCCAUCUAGUAGAAUAUUCAUCACACUACAUAGACAUGAUUUUAUUAUCCCCUUUUUAGCUUUGGGAUUCCAUGUUUACAAGUAGCAGUAGUUGAUUAUUUAAAUAGUUGCCACCAGGAGUCACUGAGCCAAUGACUACCAGCUGCUGACUAAUCUUCACACUGUAGUUGCUUCAUUUGCAGGUCUUCUGUGCUUAAUUGCUGUUUUUGUUGCCGUAGUACCUUACAAAUUCUUAAUUCAUUGAGAGUUAGUGACCAUCCGGGUCCAUGUUAAUAUCACAUAAUAGCAAAUUCCCUUUCAGAAGUUUCUAGCUUUAGUGCUAAAAUACUACUGAGAAAGAAACUAGGUAGUUUGAGUGAAAGAAAACAACAAAAAUUGAAAAUAAUAUGCAGUGGUCAGGUACCACUAAUAUUUGGGGAGUGUGUUUUGUCUGUUCUUCAAUGAAGGAUCAACCCAGUGUUCUGCAUCAGUGUUAGUUAAUGUCCCAUGGUUUGUGUGGAGCUUGAGUUGGUGGUAGACCGGGGCCAGAGACCAGAGUUUUUUGUUUUUUGUUUUAGUAAGUUAUUGUCCUGCUCCCUUUCCAGUUGUCUUGAAGAGCUCUUGCUACUAACUCUGGGUCCUGCUUUUCAUUUAUGUAGACAGUAAGCAUUCUCUUAAUCACAAUUAGAACAAACUCGUGACCAAAUUGUUAUCUACGAUGGAAGUUCUUGGUUUGCUUAACCACAUUCUAUGUCUUGUCCAGGUAUGUGAGUCCAGUCUCCAUGACUUACCCCCUUCAAAAGCUUCUGACACUGGUUUGAGGAUUUCUAACACUAAAUAAAAGAAAAAUUAGAUCAGGAUGUGGUAGCAAAUGCCUAUAAUCCCAGCAUUUGGGAGGCAGGGGUAGGAAGGAAUCUCAGGUUCAAGGCUGCCUUCAGGUGUCUCCAAAAAAAAAAAAAAAAAAAGAAGGAACAAAAGAAAGGUAAAUGCUAUAGUAUAAGUCCUUUAAAAAUCUAGUGGAAGGUUAAUGGUAGUUACACAUUUCUAAGCAGGGUUUUAAACAUAUUCCCCAUUAGUUUUUAGGUAAACAUGGACAAGUUAUAACUAAUGAAAAGGGCCUUUAGAUUUGUUUUUUGUUUUUUUUGUUUUUUUUCCCCAUUCAAAAUAUCAUUAAAGAGUUUCAAACAAAUUGAAAAUUCUGUGUUUGGAGAAAAUAAAGGAAAUCUUUAGAGUUUAGUAGACUAUUCAAAACUGUAAAAUAAUAUCUUUAAAAACCAUUCCGGCAACCAUCUGUUCCCAGAGGGUUUGAUUGAGAAAGCAGAUCAGGUGUGUGUAAGACAUCUCUUCAAACUCCAAACUAUGACCAGAAACACUUUAUCAUCACCCAUUGUGAGCAUCACUUGGUCAAAUUUACUGAGUCCAUUUUGAUCAUAAUGCCCGCAUACUAGUGUGAUUAAACACUGACUGUCCUGUCCAGUAAGAAUUUCUGCCUCAUCUAAUCGUGUGGCACCCUAUCUUUUCAUGUUGUUCAUUAUACCUGAAUUGUACCAUCAGUUUAGUUAAGAUGCAUGUAGUUUGCACAGUGAUUAAAGUGAACAGGUUAUGUUUAUAACAACUCUAGAGGAACCAUGGACACAGCAGGAAUUGUCACAGUAAAAACUGGUAGCAGGAAAAUUUGAAAGGGUUUGAAAUGCCCUGAAUGGGGCAAGUACUUUAUAGAGAAAAAAUGCAAAAAUGUCAACAUUUGACCAGAUGAACACUACCUCCUCCCCAGUUACUGGUAUUCACUCAUGUGUGUGUUUAAGAAAAUGAACGCAUGGAGAACUUGUGUAGCACACCAGAAGUUGUGGAUCUAUAUCUGGUAUCCAGAACCUACAGGGAAAUGUUUCUUUUUCUCCCUUUUUCGGGGUCAGCAUUUUAAAAAUGCAAAGCCUCAUAUGUUGAGACAUUUUAGGGGUUGGGGAUUUAGCUCAGUGGUAGAGCGCUUGCCUAGGAAGCGCAAGGCCCUGGGUUCAGUCCCCAGCUCCGGAAAAAAAGAACCAAAAAAAAAAAAAAAAAGACAUUUUAUUUCUAAUUAGAUUCCCUGCCCUUUGCACAUAACUUUUCUUCUAAACUGAGUUCUAACCCUAAAUUUUGACAUCAGAAAGUGUUUGCACUGUAUAAACAACGUUAGCUGAAAGCAUGUUUAUUUUUAAAAGAGCUCCUGCUCUUCUGCACAUUUCCAUAUCUAGAGAUGAAAACUCCUGAAUUUGAAGUCACACGCACAGGUGGAAUACAGCCUGAAGUCAAGGCCUUGCUAGUAAAUGAAUCUUUGUCCAUAGUUACGAUUUCUGGCUGCCUGGACAUCAAGUAAACAUAACACUAAAGAAGCUGGAGAUCACAUCCUGCUACUAACAAUUUUUCUGUGCAUCCUUUUCAAAAAUUGAAAAUUUUUAGAUCACAAGGCAGAAUUUAGUAAUUUUAUGCUUCUGUAAAUGUCUAGCAUUUUAAACUAAGUACAUUGUUUUGGACACUGGAAUAAUAUGAUUUAUUUUCACCUGUAAAGAUGACUUCAUUGUACUUGAACACCUUUGCAUUUCUCCAUUUGUGCCAUUUACAAGUGGAAAUAAAUUGUAUUAUACCAUGAUCUACUGGUGUUUUAAAACUGUUACAUGUGCACAUUUUGGGUAUAGCUAUUUUCAUUUGUAUGUAUAUAUUGUAUAUACAUAUGAGUGUUUAUAUGUUUGUAUAGAUGGAUGGAUAUAACUCAUUUUAAACAUGUCUGCCAGGGCUCAAGUUUUAUUGUUGUCCCCCACCUCUCCCGCCCCAUGUUACAGCAAGAGUGAGUACUCUGGGUUGAUACUUAUGGAAGGUGAUGAGUAGAUACAUUCUCUCUAUCCCUUUAGCACUUGUAUGCCUGAGGAGAAAGUUAAAUCAACUAUGAAACCAUAAGUUACAAUGCAGUAAAAGUGUGCUAGGGAAGGAGCCAGUUAUUCUUUGAGUUUGUUUUACAAUGCAACUAAAAUUACAAGCUGCAGAGAGAAAUGAACUCUGCAAUGAACACUGGUAGUAAUUGUUCUGCAGAGGUUAAGAGAGCCACUGAGUCACAGUCUUCACGGACUUAGGGUCUCUUAGUGUUGGUCCCAUGAUCCUCAUUUGCUUUUUAUCCCUAAUACUAAUAGUCAUGUUUAUUGUCGAGGGUCAAGACUGCCAAGCAAAGAAUUACAACUAAAACACAACCGAGGCUCUCCUCAGCUGUAAAAUGAGCAGGAGAUGAUCACCCAGGGAAGGUAGACUGGUUUGAAGGGCUGCCUCCUUUUGACUUACCUUCUUGCUAACAGUAAGUUCUUUGUGCACCUUCUACCCCUUCUGAUUCAAUACUGUUCAAGCAGAGAUUUGGUCUGACACAACAUGCCUUCUUAGUUUUGCUUCUUUUCUCUCGAGACAUGUAUCCUUUCUGAUGGAGUAAUUGAUGUUUAGCCAAGGCUGGCCUCAAAUUCCUAGCAGUCUUUCUGUAAGCCUCUCAAGUACUGGGAUUAUAGGCAUGAGCUACCAUGCCAAUAGCCACAGCAACCCAUUCUUUUUGGAGGUUUUAUAGUUUUGCAUUUGUCUCAUGUUCAGAAUGUGAAGUGUCCUAAUGUGUAUUAAAGUCAGAAAAUAAUAUAUUUAAGGGCUACUAAGUGUGAAUCUGCUAUAAUGAUGGAAGAAAUAGUCUUAAGGAGCAUUGGGCUGUCAUCUUUGAGCUGCUUAUCAAAAUACAGAUCAUUAUUGAAUAUAAACAAAUUCUGUUUUAUUUUGUCCCUAAUAACAGAAGUCUCCCUUCCAUGGUUUUAGCAUUGCCUUUUUAAAAAGGCACUCACCCUGAGUUGUUACAAACUGGAAAUUUCUCACCCUCAGAUUCCUUAAAGGAUGAAGAGUGUGCUGUCCACUCAGCAUAUGUGCCUCUUGUAUGCAAGGACUACUGAUGGAAGUCUGUUUUGCUGUGUCUGGUUAUGUUGUCUGCACUUUUAUGAAAUCACUACAGUAGAUCUACGUUGGAAAUAACUAUUAAUUUGUAAAGAAAAUUUUAUUAAACACUGUAGAAAAAGUGAAGCUGAGAACUCUUCCUUUUGUGCAUUUAUGUUUCCUACUGAAUUCUGGUAGCCCACUUUUAAAGUUAUAUUGGCUUUUUUCUCCUCUUUGAUUAUAUUCAGAUUUCCAGACAAGUGCUGGCCUUCAGAUGAUAAGCAUAAGUAAUAUGCAUCAUAUCUGCCUGUUGCAGGCUUCUGAAACCUGCACUGCCCUCCAUGCAAAAAUAAGUAUCUUAGGAGAUAGACGCAGAGAGCAGAACCCGGGGAGCCAUGUACUAUGUCACCAUCUGUUACUGUUUCCAGCAAUCCAAACUGAAGUCCGUGCAUGCGCGCGUGCAUGCGUGCGUGCGUGCGUGCGUGUGUGCGUGUGUGUGUGUUGGGGGUUUUGUUUUGCUUUGCUUUUAAAUAUACAAGGGGUUCUUCUUUAAUACAGGAAAAGGUUAGUCCUCUCCAGCAGGAUGCCCACUGGAUAUAAUAUUAACAUCUGUAGGUAGUUGGAAGUGUAGAGAGAAGAGAAGGUAAGACUUCUCAAUGAAUGAAAAAGGGUGUCUUGAUGAUCAAGAAUCUCCCCCCCCCCCCCAAAGUACGGGUAAUUCAACCUGCACAGUUUCCUUUCACUCGUAGUUUAACAAUUAUGAGUGAAAAAUCAUGUAAUUAUCUGUAAAUAUGUAGCUAACAAAUUGACCUAGUUUCUGUACUAGUUUCUGGUUUUGUACUAAAGUUUAUAGGUCUGUGCCAGCUAGAGAGGAGUUGCUGCCAUUGCUAGUUGUGCUUCUGGCAUAUAACCCUGAGACCAUCCUAGGUGACAUUUUAGAAUUAAUGCCUAAAUGUUGUUAAAUGGGGAAAUGGAGCUUAAUCAUUGGUCAGGUUUGAAAUCUUUUGAAGCUAAGUAAUUUUAUUUAAUAUGAUUACAUGUCGUCAGUCAUGAGUGAGGUGUAGGGAGUCUUCCUCCCCCAGUGGCCAUGUUUACAGAGUGUUGUCUAUAAAGUGCAAGUGUGUUAAUGUUUAUGUAAAUUAUGCAGGUGAUAACUUUAUGGUUUGGGACUGUUCAUGGGCUCUUUUAACUGCAUUUUCAAAUGAAAUGAACUUUGCUUAUUGCUGGCACAUUGAUCCCAUUUCUGGAACAUUUCCUACUUCCAGAAUUCCGUAUGUUCCUCAGACAUUACCCCCACGUAACCUCCCUUCCUCUGAUAUGCCUUGUAGCUAAGAUUUAAAAGACUGUUGAACAUAGAUGAGGGGAGUGCAUUUCUUAAAAAUCCAUGAACCCUCAAUUGUAUGCUUUCAGUAUUGUGUUAUAUGUUUCUAUGGCAACUUUGAAGUCAGUGGUUUAGAAAUGAGGUACCAAUGUUAAUGAAAAGUAUGUACUCUUUGCUUUUGCAUGGCUUGGCUUAGUAUCCAAGGUAUAUUAGAGCCACUGGAAAGCAUGAAGACCAGUUAUAUGGAAACAGGUUUCUCUCAGUGGCACAUUUUGCUUUUUCUUAGCCCUCAAAUACAUUGCCUCGGCAUGAACAUUAUUGUUAAUAUAAAUUGCACAUGGUCAUCGAGCGAAUUAUAAAAUUUUGAAAAGAUGCAGCUGCCCAAUAUUUACAGUCUCUAUCUCAAGUAACAGCGUAGGUAUUGGAACCCUUCUAGCCCUUCUUGGGGUCAAACAGGUAUGUCGGUUAUCAAGGCAUUGGCUACCCCUGGGGUAUUGCCACGCUGUUGUCUUUUGCUGCCUGUUCAUUCCACAUGUGCUGUUCCUUGCACUUCAUACUCUUCCAAGAAACUAUCACCCUUUCUUCCUAUUUUAUUUGUCGUUUAUUUCACAAUAAAUGGGAAUUGUGCCUAUUUAGAUCGCCCCUCCAGUUAAGUACACAUGUAAUCCAAGCCAGAGACAAGAUGGAAAAACUUUUUUUUUUUUCAAAUUCACUUGGCCAGUAAUUUAUCUAACAAACGUUUUACCACAUUAUCUUGACACUUGAUAGAAGAGCCUAUUAGGAGUCACAGUGGUUUGUUUCAUAGAGUAAAACCCAAGUGAGGAGGGAUGUGUGGGGUUUCCAUCGGAAAAUAAUUUUGUUCUUGGUUUACUCUUUAUGAUUCUUCUCUGCUAGUUUAGAAUAGGUUAAUUUUUUUAUUUUUUUUUUAUUUAGGGAAAUUUUUACAAAAAUAAUGGUCUGAUGUAAAUACCAUUUUAAAGUACAGUGCACAUAACUCCCUAGGCUAUUCCAACCUACUUGUAAAUGCUUUAGAGUUUUUAAAUUAACACUUCUGUUGCUAAAUACUAUUUAUGUAAGUCUGAAAAGGUUUUUAACCCAUAUAAAACAUUUAAAUGAUGCAGGUUGUUAUGAGCAAGUUAGCUUUGAGAACCCCUCUUUAGUGUAUGAAAAAAGCCUAACAUGCAUUAGUGAGGUUGGAGAGACUAUGAGAAAUAUGUAUAGUGUAUAUUUUAAACAGCUUUGCUUGUAUUGUGAAGAUUUAAGAACAAACUUGAGAUUUUUAAAGUUAACUAUUAACACAGUUUUAACAUAAGUUAUCCCACUGGGUUUGAAAGCAUCUUGAAUGUAUAACCCUUCUGUAACCCAGGUUGGUCUUUGCUUUUACUGAACCACCAAACGUUAUUUAUAUUUUUAGUUUUAUGUACUCAUUUCUUUUUGUUUUCCUCAAACAGCAUGUUGUUGUUGUUGGGGUUUUUUGUUUUUGUUUUGAUUUUUUUUUUUUGCACAUAUAGAAAUUUUUUAAAAGAAGGAAAUUAAUACAUGGUUUUUCUCUAGAUUUUCUUCACUUCAGUCUUUGUACUAACCUCUUAAAAGCCAUGGCAUUCCAUUGCUUUAUUUGUGCAAAUGCCAGGGGUGGUUUUUAUUUUUAUUUUUGCUAUUUACCUAGAGAGAGAGAGAGAGAGAGAGAGAGAGAGAGAGAGAGAGACAAUGCUUCAGUCAAUUGCUUUUUUAUUUAAAAUUUAAAGGAAAAAAAAAGAAAAAAAAAAGCUGUAACCUUAUCAUUUCUGAGUAGACCAUUGAGAGAAAUGCACACCUGUCAGCCCAGGACCAGCUUUGGUGGCUAAAGGGAAUAUUUUAACUUCACAAGAUAAGAUGUUCUGUACAAAAUGUGGUAUAUGUUAUCCACAGUCUGUUUCAGUUAUUCCCAUAAGUCAGGUCCAGAUAAAUGAGGGUUAUCAGCUAACUGAUAUGUUAUCAUUGAGGUUCGUCAAUGAAUUUGUACAUUUCUAGUUCCCUUUGGUGAAGGGAAAAAUGAUGAUUUUGCAAGACCUAGAUUUUGGCUUGGUUUCUUGCCUCCUUUUUUGGCAGCCUUCAUCUUUUCCUAAAGCCCUUGAGCCUGUAGGGUUUUCAUAGUGGACAAAGGACUUAAAUGGUCUUUUAAAACUGGGAUAGUUUUUGGGGAAAGGGCAAGAGAUUAUCAUAUUGAACAUAUAGUAUCCUAAUACUUUUAACAGUGGAUAAUUUUGAGUAAACCCAGUCCUUUCAAUUUUUAGAUUAAACAUGCCCACAGUGGAGGCUUACCAAAGGUUGCAAUGAGGAGGAAGCCUCUCCCUCUCUGUCAGCCCAGCUGGUAAAGGGGACUGUGCAGAUGUGCAUUUUCCUUUCGGUAGAAAUGGUCCGCAGCACUAACUGGUAAGGAUUAUUGUACAGUAUAUUGUCAGUAUUCUUCUGGUUCAGCAUACCUUAUAGUUCGUAUAUAACCUGUAUUAAUUGUAUAGAUUGUGCAUUUAAAGCUGUUACCAAGUUGUCAGAACCUUAAGAACGAAAACAGGUCAUAUGUAAUAUUUUGUUUGUAAGUAUCCUUUGUAUCAUAGCAAAGGAAAUGUUUAAAAGAUCAACUGUAAUAAAAGUAAUUUUAGUACA